GCCCGCGGGGCUCCCGGCCGCCUCAGCUGAUGGUGUUCCGCAACGUGGGUCGGCCGCCUGAGGAGGAGGACGCGGAGGCGGCCCCAGAGUCGGGACCCUCGGAACUGCUGUGUCCUCGGCACCGCUGUGCCCUGGACCCCAAGGCCCUGCCGCCCGGGUUGGCACUCGAGCGGACCUGGGGCCCCGCGGCUGGACUAGAGGCGCAGUUGGCGGCUCUAGGGCUUGGGCAACCGGCGGGGCCAGGGGUCAAGACGGUCGGUGGGGGUUGCUGCCCGUGCCCGUGCCCCCCGCAGCCGCCCCCUCCCCAGCCUCAGCCGCCUGCUGCCACCCCGCAGGCCGGGGAGGACCCCACGGAAACAAGCGACGCGCUGCUGGUCCUGGAGGGGCUGGAAUCGGAGGCCGAGAGCCUGGAGACUAACAGCUGCUCGGAAGAGGAGCUCAGCAGCCCGGGCCGUGGAGGAGGAGGAGGCGGCCGACUUCUCCUGCAGCCCCCAGGCCCUGAAAUACCCCCAGUGCCCUUCCCGCUGCAGGACUUGGCCCCUCCGGGGCGCCUGAGUAGAGGGGAGCAGCAGCAGCAACCUCUCCCGCCGCCACCACCUCCGGGGCCCCUCCGGCCACUCGCAGGCCCUUUUCGGAAGGGAUCCUUUAAAAUCCGCCUCAGUCGUCUCUUUCGCACGAAGAGCUGCAACGGUGGCUCCGGCGGUGGGAAUGGGACCAGCAAGAGGCCUUCUGGAGAGCUGGCUGCUUCAGCUGCGAGCCUGACAGACAUGGGAGGCUCUGCGGGCCGGGAGCUAGACGCGGGGAGGAAACCCAGGUUGACAAGAACUCAAAGUGCCUUUUCUCCGGUCUCCUUCAGCCCCCUAUUCACAGGUGAAACAGUGUCACUUGUGGACGUGGACAUUUCUCAGCGGGGCCUGACCUCUCCACACCCUCCAACUCCCCCUCCUCCUCCGAGAAGAAGCCUCAGCCUUCUAGAUGCAUUUCCCCGGAUUGUUCCCAUCCGAGCAGCUGAAUCCCUACACAGCCAACCUCCCCAGCACCUCCAGUGUCCCCUCUACCGGCCUGACUCAAGCAGCUUUGCAGCCAGCCUUCGAGAGUUGGAGAAGUGUGGUUGGUAUUGGGGGCCAAUGAAUUGGGAAGACGCAGAGAUGAAGCUGAAAGGGAAACCAGAUGGUUCUUUCUUGGUACGAGACAGUUCUGAUCCUCGUUAUAUCCUGAGCCUCAGUUUCAGAUCACAGGGUAUCACCCACCACACUAGAAUGGAGCACUACAGAGGAACCUUCAGCCUGUGGUGUCAUCCCAAGUUUGAGGAUCGCUGUCAAUCGGUUGUAGAGUUUAUUAAAAGAGCCAUUAUGCAUUCUAAGAAUGGGAAGUUUCUCUAUUUCUUAAGAUCCAGAGUUCCAGGACUGCCACCAACUCCUGUCCAACUGCUCUAUCCAGUGUCCCGUUUCAGCAAUGUCAAAUCCCUCCAGCACCUUUGCAGAUUCCGGAUCCGGCAGCUCGUCAGGAUAGAUCACAUCCCGGAUCUCCCACUGCCUAAACCUCUGAUUUCUUAUAUCCGAAAGUUCUACUACUAUGAUCCUCAGGAAGAGGUGUACCUGUCUCUAAAGGAAGCGCAACUUAUUUCCAAACAGAAGCAGGAGGUAGAACCCUCCACGUAGCAAGGGAGUGGCCCCCUGCUGAUCACCACCAAGGGCAUUUGGUUGCCAAGUUCCAGUUUUGAAGAACCAAAUGAAGCUACCAUGAAAAGAAGAGAGAGGAAAAUCAAGAGGGAUUAGGAAGGGUUGGGAUUCUUUGUGCAAAAACGUUGGUUUCCCCUUCACAGCCCUGGGGCUUGGAAGAAGCACACAACCGUAAUACUCUGAGUGGGGGCUCUACUGCUCACAUCCACUCAUGUGGUAUCCUAGAACUGGAAAAGCUCCUUGGAAAACUGGAAGAAGUCUCAACACUGUUUCUUUUUCAGAACUUUUGUUUUUGAUGUUUGUAUUUCUUGGUGUGGAAAACUUAACCUCAAAGGCAGCUGGGAUUUGUACCUGUUGGAUUAGAAGUGGUAUGAGGAGUGAGCAGGUCCAAAGAAGGGGCAGGGAGGAGAGCAGUCAUGAAGCUGGUGCCAAAGGCAGAGUUAAGAGUCUCCACCAGGGACCUUGAAGAAGGCAGGAGCCAGAGAAGUGCAAGCAAGAUUAGAGGUAUCUGAGGGAAGGGGAAUAUGCUUCUCAUUGCCAUAGGUAAUCUCAGUAGGAGCAGGAAAGAAAGAAGAGUGGGUGGUCUUGAAGAGAAGAUUAUUGAACACAAACUGACAAAUGGUCUUUGUUGUGGAAAGUAGUGACACCCUGCAUCCUUUUCAUUUUAAGAUUUAAGAAAAUGAUUUUGGAAUCAACUUUCAUGGAAGCUGUACUUAGUUUCAUUCUGUUUAAUUCCUUAAGCUCUGUGACCUGAAAUUAACCCUAUUCUUCUUCCAUCCUCAGCCCAUUACCCCUAGAGUAACUGUUCAUUUCACUGUGGUCAUGGUAACCUCAUUUCUAUUGCUUCUGCCAGCUGUCAAGGCAAUAGUGUUUCUCAUCACCUGAGCAGUUCAGAGCCAAUCAUAGGCUGCUGAGGUUAAUGGAGCAUGCUUCUAGAUUCUUAAUGGCAAAUUGUACCCAUGACUUAGGAGUCAGCGUUACUUCCAUGUGUCUAUCAGCUAGUGAGAGGGAAUGUGGAGGAAGGUGAGAAACAAAACUAUGGGUAACUGUGCUCUUCCUAGAGAAAGCUUUUAAGCAGCUCAGCCCUAAAAUGAUUUCUUUAGAUCAGAGAAGAGCAUCACAUCUCCUAUUUUUAGGUUAUUGUCCCACUUCUGAGAUGGGAGGUGGCAAGAGCUUCUUAAUUUUCCUUUGUUUAGACUAGCUACCCAAACAUUUCCUGAAUCAUAUAUGUUGGCCUUCCAUUCAUUGGGAAGUCUGUUAGAUGCUGAUUUGAGAGUUGUCUGACUUCCUAGUAGAUGUAGAAGAGGGGGAGAAAAACUCCAGUGGUCUUUAAUUGUUUCUGCAGCCGGCCAUUGACAAAUUAUAUGACAUUUAUGAGUGUGUUUUCCUAUGGAGUUACUCUGGGGAGAGGUUUGCUGUUGAAAUGUGACAAUUGAGCUGUUGGGUCUUUAUUAGUCUUGCAGUAAGUUUUUCAUGACAGUGCCUCAUUUGGGUUCCCCAUAUUUAUAUUUGCCUCGCAAGAUAAAUAAUGUCAGGUUUAUGGUUUCCUGAUGGUCAGGUUUAUGGUUUCCUGAUGAUUUGGAGUGAGGCUCUAGUAUCUUGGUAAUUUAUAGGACUGCCUGUCUGGAAGCAUUGGGCCUUAUGUCCUGCAUGGAAUGGCCAGUCUUCCUCCUACUAGCUGAAAAGGGAGGAAACUUGUAUCAUUAUCUGGCUAUAAAGAGAUGGCCUAUAUAAGUUGAGCUUCGGAGCAUAAACAUAGCUCAUCUCUGAUUCACCGUGUGGUACCUCUUCUCUCCUUGGCUUCCAUGACAGUAUUAUCUACCAAGUAAGAUUGUGAUCCCAGUAAUUGGCUUACCCUGUGAGUCUUGCCUAUGGAGAGGGCAUGUAACUCUCCAUUUUGCAGAAAGUACCACCCCACUGUAAAGCCUAAAGUCUGGAAUCCAUUGAGAUCCUUAAAUGCCUGAUAGGCAACCUGGGAUCUUUUUUACUUGCCCCAUUUCAGCCACUCAUAAUUUUAAAAUUAUUUUUCGGUGUGUAUUUGUCUGGCUUGGUACUGGAUAAUGCAGAAAACAUAAGAGGUAGAAGGCGUGUUCUGUGGCAUAAGGGAGCUUUUAGGUGACUGCCACUCAUGAAGCAAUUGGAAAAUGAUCAUUGUGGCAGAAAAUCAAGGACUGUCUUUAAGGAUGAUUGGAGUGAAUAAGAUCAGUGUAGAUUAGAUGAUGUGGGAAAGGUCCAUGCUGAUGAGGCUGUGGGUUGUAUGUUAGGGCAAAACAAUGAGACAACAAAUAAGGGAAAUCUACACAGCAUGUACUGAAAAAUACAUAGUCCUAUUGGAGCAACCAUGUUGAAGCAUCCUUUUCCAGUGCAGUAGUCUAUACUGAGACUUCAGUCAUCAGACAGGUCUGCAUGGUGAGGUAGAGCCCAAAGCUGGAAGUCAUCAGGGCUCAAGCCAUCACCAGGAACUUUACUGUAUGAGGGAGGUAGAAUCCCUGCACCUCUGUGGGACUGGGGUUUCUAUUGGAGAACUUGUACACUCAGGUAUAAAACCAAACUAGCUGAAGAGGCAUGACCCAACCUCCCCACCCACUCUCCUCCUGGGAGGGUAGUGUUUAAUUAACUGUGAUCCGUCUGUGCUAAAGUUCCUUAGAGUGGGCCAAAACAGAGUAACACAAGAGGAGACCAUCUCCAUGGGGCCUGGGUGUUUGCUGCCUGUGUGGGUGGCCUUGUGUAGAGCAAGUUAGGUGAAAGGGAGGUGCAGGGCUCAGCCUGUUUUCUGAGAACAUCAUGGUCAGAGAGGGAGCAGGAAUAGCAGGGCCAGUGGUUAAGCACUUGCCCUUCCCCUCCCUUGGCCAGCCCACCCAUUUUGCCAGCUGCGCAGCACUAAUUGAAAUGCAGUCUACAGAGGGAACACGUUCCUUUCUCGUUGUUGUACAGUCAAACUGAAAAAGGCACUCACUUCUGGGGACCCACCAUUGAUUGGGUUAGUAUCAGUAGCCCCAGGACCAGCAUGUGUAGCGUCACUUGUUUAUGAUUAAUCUACUGUAACCUUCCUUAGUCGGGUGUGAACCAAUGUGAGCUAGUGACAACUACUGCUACAACUUGCUGUUUCUUGAAAUUUGUGUGCUAUGUUUGGAGCAUGAGAAUAGCUUUGGUGUGGGAGACUAGAUAAGUGACAGCUGGCUCUUAAGGGAGUUUGGAACCAUUGGUGAUGACCUUGCUCUGGUCACCUGCCCAUGCCCCGUGAAGUGAAUAUAACACCCUGGAAAUGGGAGACAUGUGGAAGAAAGACUUGGCCAAAGGGAGCUCAUCUCCAAGGUUCCUGCUCCUUCUUUUCUGGCUUCUCACUUGGGCUGAUCACGUAAGCCCCUUCUUGAGGCUGGGAGUGAUGUGGAAGUAGCUACAAAUUCCCCUAUAACACAUUCAGGGAGAACUGGGGAAAGAGGCUGGUUAGAGUUUCCAGACCCAGGGUAAGAGACUGGAGUAGAGCUAAAAGUACUUCGGGGUGCUGGCCUUGUCAGCUCUCACCUCUGGUCCCCUGGAAGAAUGUGGCCUGCUGAAAGCCCUCUGGUCUCAGUAGAAAGUGGAGAGACGAGGGACAUUGUCCUUUUGUAACAUCCUUCCCUUCCCAUCUGCCUCUGCUAUAGCUUUGGAGCCCUGAGUAGAGUGAGUUAGAUGAAGGGGAAGUUAGUGGUUGAGGCCCUGGGAGGUAGCUGAAAGGUGGUCUGAAAGUCUGUGUGUGUGUGUGUAUGUCUGUGUGUGCCUGUCUUCAUUUGCUGAAGUCUUGCUGCCAGUUGAGGUGUUGAGCGCAUCUCCACUGGGAGGAGACCCUGCAUUUGUUUUUCACUUUUAAGAGAAUGACAUGCCCCCUGUCAGCAAGGGAGGAGCUUUUGAGUUAGACAUUUUCCCUAUGGGAAUCCUCUUGGUUUGGUUUGUGGGAAAGGGGAGAAUGGAUAAGUGAUUUUUAUCUCUAAUUGUCAACACAGCUGUUCUUACACUGAAUUUGUGCUAUUGCAUACAUGUAGCCAUCUUUCUUUUCACUGCAGCAGUGUUUAUCAGUAGUUCAAAAUGAUUUAUUUGCUCCUGGGGAGUAAAACCUUUUUUAUUAAAAAAGAAAAAAAAAAAAAAAAAGAAAGUGUGCCCUCACCUACACUAUGAUAGCUAUAGGAUAUUGGGCCACAAAGGUCAAGUCUGCAAGUCCCUGUGAUAUAUCCUGUUUUGACAUUGGAGCCUUCAUGCUUAGCACAAAACGAACAGGAAGUCUUGAGAAAAUCGAGAGUGAAGUCUUGGGAGGAGUGAGAUGGGGGUUGGAUCAUAGACACAGGCAAUGGGGACUCAGGUACUGCAGUUAGAAAAAUAGAGUGAUGAGUUGUAUUUAAAAUAUUGAUUAUCUAAUCUGCCAGAAAAAGACCUUUCUUUAUGUGCAGAUUUCAUAUUGCCCUUAUCCUUUUCAUUGCUUUUUGACCUUCCUAGUAGGUGUCACCUAGUUUCUUCCUGUUUCCCCUUCCUGUUUCUCUACACCUUCUGCCAUCCCUCUCCAUUCCCAUCUACCUCCCAGGAAGCCAGUCCUGCAUGCUGAGUUUGUGACAUGCCUUCACUCCAUUUCAUCUUUAGAGGGUUUAGAGGGUAUUUGGAACCACUCCCUUUCCCCUUCCUACUCCCUCUUCUGCAACGCCAAGAGGCAUCGAGGGGCAGGCAAAAAGCCAGCCAUGGUGGGAAUACAUGCAUGUUUGGUUGCAGCUGGACUGCGAUCGUAGUUGCUCCUGGAGAUAGAGUGCAAGGAAGGCUUAGAUACUCUUCUUCAGAAUCUGGGAUAAUCACAAACCAUACAGCCCCUCUCAGAGCUGCGUCCUUAGCUCCCUAAUCAGCUCGGGGAGCAGGAAGGCUGGUCUGAAUACUCCCAUCUCUGGUGCUCCCUUGGACAGGGACCUGCCCUUCACUCUUAGGCCCAGAACUUUGUCCAAGGGACAGGCAGGGUCUAGGCACCACUCUGGGUAAACUGGUUGUUGGAAUGCCCAAACUGGUGCUGCCUGUGGCAUAGCCACUGCUGUACAUUUUUGGUUGUUUUUAAAAAACUCAAUGAAGAGGGGUGCCAUUCUGGGCUCAGGGUGGUUGCCAGUUCUUCCCCAGAAGGGGUACCCCACCCCACUGCAACCACUUCUGUCCCCUUUGGCUCCCCUACCCUCCAAGCCAAAGCGUGGCCUGGCUUUUGUCUUCCCAUUUAGUUGUCCCCCUUUACUCUCCCUUUUUGUGCUUAAUUUAUUAAAAUAGUUGCUGUAUAAUUUAUUUUCAUAAGCUAUAAAAAAUUACUAAAUGGUUAAAAUAGACUUGCAGGCCAAUCUUAAAUGGGGUGGGAGGGUUUGAGGGCGGGAUGGGAAAGAUGUUUUGAUAUAAACAAAACAAAUGCACUUUGGGUGUGUUUUGGUAUUUUUCUGGGGAUGGAAGGGGUGGGCGUUGGGAUGUCCCUGUAGAUUAGUUCCAGAAUGGGGUGUCUGUAUAUACUGUAUUAAUAGGCAUGUUUGACUCUCGUAAAGGGACAUUAGUAGCUGCUGCAGGUACUGUUUGGAAACCCCAUGUGCAAUUCCCAGUUUUUUGUAAGUGUCAGUGCGGGAGACAUUUGACUCUUGUGUUUGUAUCUCCUUUUUAUGAUUGCUGUACCGACCCAUGUCUUUUUGGGGAGGGUAAAAGAUUUGAAAUAAAAAUGUUUAGAAAUUA